AUGGGCUCAAAGCGAAGUGUACCCUCAAGGAGCCAUUCUCUCAGCACCUAUGAAGUCAUGUUUGCAGCUCUCUUUGCCAUAUUGGUGGUGCUCUGUGUUGGGUUAAUUGCAGUGGCCUGGCUGUCAAUCAGGGGAUCAGAAAGAGAUGCAGCAUUUGGAAAAAGUCAUGAAGCCAGAGGGACAUUGACAAUAACAUCCGGAGUUACAUAUAAUCCUAAUUUGCAAGACAAACUCUCAGUUGAUUUCAAAGUUCUUGCUUUUGACAUUCAGCAAAUGAUAGAUGAUAUCUUUCAAUCAAGUAAUCUGAAAAAUGAAUAUAAAAACUCAAGAGUUUUACAAUUUGAAAAUGGCAGCAUUAUAGUCAUAUUUGACCUUCUCUUUGCCCAGUGGGUAUCAGAUGAAAAUGUAAAAGAAGAAAUGAUUCAAGGCAUUGAAGCAAAGAAAUCCAGCCAACUGGCCAUUUUCCAUAUUGAUGUGAACAGCAUUGAUAUUACAGACAAGCUAACUACCAGCAGUCCUCUGGCAACUCCAGGACAUGUCUCAGUAGAGUGCCCACCUGAUUCAAGGCUGUGUGCUGAUGCUCUAAAUUGUAUAGCAAUUGAUUUAUUUUGUGAUGGAGAAUUGAACUGUCCAGAUGGCUCUGAUGAAGACAAUAAAAUUUGUGCCACAGCUUGUGAUGGAAGAUUUUUGUUGACUGGAUCUUCUGGGUCCUUCGAAGCUGCCCAUUAUCCAAAGUCUUCUAAUCCAAGUGUUGUUUGUCGGUGGAUUAUACGUGUAAACCAAGGACUUUCCAUUCAACUGAACGUUGAUUAUUUUAAUACAUAUUAUACAGAUGUAUUAAAUAUUUAUGAAGGUGUGGGUUCAAGCAAGAUUUUAAGAGCUUCUCUCUGGUCAAAUAAUCCUGGCACAAUUAGGAUUUUUUCCAAUCAAGUUACUGCCACUUUUCUUAUACAAUCUGUUGAAAAUGAUUAUAUUGGCUUUAAUGCAACAUACACUGCAUUUAACAGCAAAGUGCUUAAUAAUUAUGAGAAAAUCAACUGUAAUUUUGAAGAUGGCUUUUGUUUCUGGAUCCAGGAUCUAAAUGAUGACAAUGAGUGGGAAAGGAUUCAGGGAAACACCUUUCCUCCCUCUACUGGUCCAAAUUUUGAUCACACUUUUGGCAAUGAUUCAGGAUUUUACAUUUCCACCCCAACUGGACCAGGAGGGAGACGAGAAAGAGUAGGACUUUUAAGUCUCCUUUUAGACCCCACUUUGGAACCAGUCUGCCUUAGUUUCUGGUAUUAUAUGUAUGGUGAAAAUGUCUAUAAACUAAGCAUUAAUAUCAGCAGUGACCAAAACAUGGAGAAGACAAUUUUCCAAAAGGAAGGAAAUUAUGGAGAAAAUUGGAACUAUGGACAAGUAACAUUAAAUGAGACAGUGGAAUUUAAGGUUGCUUUUAAUGCAUUUAAAAACCAGUUCCUGAGUGAUAUAGCAUUGGAUGACAUUAGCCUAACAUAUGGGAUUUGCAAUGUGAGUCUUUAUCCAGAACCAACUUUGGUCCCAACUCCUCUGCCAGAACUUCCUACGGACUGUGGAGGACCUUUUGAACUGUGGGAGCCAAAUACAACAUUCAUGUCUAUGAACUUUCCAAACAACUACCCUAAUCAGGCUUUCUGUGUUUGGAAUUUAAAUGCACAAAAGGGAAAAAAUAUUCAGCUUCACUUUCAAGCAUUUGACUUAGAAAAUAUUGCAGAUAUUGUUGAAAUCAGAGAUGGUGAAGGAGAUGAUUCCUUGCUCUUAGCUGUGUACACAGGGCCUGGUCCAGUAAAGGAUGUGUUCUCAACCACCAACAGAAUGACUGUGCUUUUUAUCACUGAUGAUGUGAUGGCAAAAGGGGGAUUUAAAGCAAAUUUCACUACUGGCUAUCACUUGGGGAUUCCAGAGCCCUGCAAGGAAGACAAUUUUCAGUGUAAAAAUGGAGAGUGUGUCCCACUGGUGAAUCUCUGUGACAGUUUUCCACACUGUAAGGAUGGCUCAGAUGAAGCACAUUGUGUGCGUCUCUUCAAUGGCACGACAAACCGUGGUUUGGUGCAGUUCAGAAUACAGAGCAUAUGGCAUGUAGCUUGUGCUGAGAACUGGACGACCCAGAUUUCAAAUGAUGUUUGUCAGCUAAUGGGACUAGGGAGUGGAAACUCAUCCAUGCCAAUCUUUUCUACUGGACAUGGACCGUUUGUACAACUAAACACAACACCUAAUGGCAGCUUAAUACUAACACCAAGUAAACAGUGCUUAGAGGAUUCACUGAUUCUGUUACAAUGUAACCAUAAAUCGUGUGGAAAAAAACUGGUGGCUCAAGAAGUUAGCCCAAAGAUCGUUGGAGGAAAUAAUUCCCGAGAAGGAGCCUGGCCUUGGAUCGUUGCUGUGUAUUAUAACGACCGGCUGCUCUGUGGGGCUUCUCUGGUCAGCAGGGACUGGCUGGUGUCGGCCGCCCACUGCGUGUAUGGGAGAAAUUUAGAGCCAUCUAAGUGGAAAGCAGUCCUAGGCCUGCAUAUGACAUCGAAUCUGACUUCUCCUCAAAUAGAAACUCGGUUGAUAGACCAAAUUGUCAUAAAUCCACACUACAAUAAACGGAGAAAGGACAGUGACAUUGCCAUGAUGCAUCUUGAAUCGAAAGUGAAUUACACAGAUUAUAUACAACCUAUUUGUUUACCCGAAGAAAAUCAAGUUUUUCCUCCUGGAAGAAUUUGUUCUAUUGCUGGCUGGGGAACACUUGUAUAUCAAGGUCCUCCUGCAGACAUACUGCAAGAAGCUGAUGUUCCCCUUCUAUCAAAUGAGAAAUGCCAACAAGAGAUGCCAGAGUAUAACAUUACAGAAAAUAUGGUGUGUGCAGGCUACGAAGAAGGAGGUGUAGAUUCUUGUCAGGGGGAUUCAGGAGGACCACUCACGUGCCAAGAAAACAACAGAUGGUUCCUGGUUGGUGUGACCUCAUUUGGAUACCAGUGUGCACUGCCUAAUCGCCCAGGGGUGUGCUCCCGGGUUCCGAGGUUCACAGAAUGGAUACAAAGUUUUCUACAUUAGAGUGUUUCCUGAAGCAAAGAUGAAAAUCAGGCAGUUUUCCCAUUCCACUUUAAGAAGCAUGGAAAUUGAGAGUUUUGAAAAAAUCAUUUCUAAAAGCCUUGAUUCUUUACCUAAGCCACUGAAAUGCU